GCGCCCGUCCUCAACAAGCGCAGUCUCGUCAGACAUCUCCUCCCAGCUGACGUCCUGGUUCAAAUAAGCUGUCAGUCAUGUCCACAGCCCCAUCGUCUGCUACUAAAACGCCGAGACGAAGGUCCAAGGCCAAGAAGUCAGGAGCCAGUGCGUCUGAUCUGAUCCUUAAGGUCUUGUCAUCUUCUAAGGAGCGCGGUGGAGUCUCUCUGGUCGCUCUGAAGAAAGCUCUGUCCGCCGGUGGUUAUGAUGUCGUGAGAAACAACUCGCGCGUCAAACUGGCGGUAAAGCGACUGGUGGCCAGCGGCCGUCUAAUGCAGACCAAAGGCACCGGAGCCUCUGGAUCAUUCAAGACCGGCGCGAAAGCCGCUACAAAGCCGAAGAAGCCAAAGGCGAAGAGGGCAAAGAGAAAGACGGCUAAGAAACCCGCCGGGGCAAGGAAGUCGCCUAAGAAAAGAAGGAGAAAUCUGAAAAGUGCUGAAAAAGCCAGCGAGACGGCCGCGGUCAAGAAGACCCCGAAACCCAAGAGAGCCAAACGGAGAGCUUCCAGAACAAGCAAAGCGAAAACUGCCCAGAAAUAAUUGUUAUAAUGACUGCUCUUCAUACCUCUUAAAGGAUUCUUGCAUCCUUUUACUUUGUAAAAAAUAAAAUAAUUAUUAAUUAACAAAACCA